GCGAAGCAACUCCACAGACCACAGCCGCAGGGCUCCCACUGCAGCUCCGAAGGAAAACCUCACACAGAAACGUACACUGGAGGAAAAUCUGCUACCUCACCAGACAGAAGACAAGACAAAAAGGAGCAGAAGGAAAGAGUGAUCAGAGUAGAUGGAGAGAAGAGUUUGACCUGCUCCUUUUUAUUGGAAGAAAAGAACUUUCAGGGCACACCACUUUCCCCACAUUCUACUUUCGGCGUCUGUUUAAUAAUUUAACUUCUGCCUCAUUUUGCUGCGUGGAACACAUUUUUGCUUUUCGAAUAGUUUGACAUACAGUUUUUUCUUCUCAAGGAUCCCCUCAAAGGACCUGAGGAUGUCGCAUCACAAAAACUACUGAAGCAGAUUCUUCUCUGCAAAAAGGAUCGCUCCCCACGCUACAGCAAUAUCUCCCGAAAGGACACUGUGGGGACACUUUCAAGCUCAAACCCUCUUUUUCUUUAGAUAUAUCAGAGGAAACAGUGGUUCUCUGGUGAAGCCUCUUUGCCCCGUCGGCCCCCGUCUCCACAUCAGCCUCGGGAUGGCUGGGUGCACCAGCCGCUGCAGGCAGGGGGUGCUCAAACUGAUCCAGUCCCUUCAGAGGCUCGUCUCAGGAGGCCUCUCUAAAGAUAAAACAGAUGAUGAGCUCGAGAUGACGACGGUGUGUUACAGGCCAGAGGGUCUUGCCCAGUUGGAGGCGCAGACAAACUUCAGCAAACAGGAGCUGCAGAUCCUCUAUCGUGGCUUCAAGAACGAGUGUCCAAGUGGGGUUGUCAAUGAGGAAACAUUCAAACACAUUUACGCACAGUUCUUCCCUCAUGGAGAUGCAAGCAUGUACGCACAUUAUCUCUUCAAUGCUUUUGACACUACCAACAAUGGCUCCAUUAAGUUCAAGGACUUUGUAAUGGGGUUGUCUAUACUGCUGCGGGGAACGCUGAGAGAAAAGCUUGAGUGGACGUUUCAUCUUUACGACAUUAACAAAGACGGAUACAUAAACAGAGAGGAAAUGACAGAGAUUGUGAGGGCCAUUUAUGACAUGAUGGGGAAGUUCACUUACCCUGCACUAAAGGGAGACGUCCCGCAGCAGCAUGUGGACGCCUUUUUCCGGAAAAUGGAUAAAAACAAAGAUGGAGUGGUGACUUUGGAGGAGUUUAUUAUAGCCUGCCAGGAGGACGAAACCAUGAUGAGCUCCAUGCAGCUGUUUGAGAACGUCAUGUAGAACAAGGAAAAUGAUGAUGAAGACAAAAAUUAAAUGCGAGGGAUUGGUGUGAGUGCAUGUGUGUGGAUGCAAAAGUGCAAUACAUCCAGUUUCUCCUCCUCCUCUUCUUCCUCCUGUGUUAUCCAGCUGUGCUCUGGAUACAUUCAGACCCCUACCCCCACAACAAAAUAAAAGAAAGGACUGGACUGGAAUGCGUUUAACCUUCCUGCUGAGUUUCCCCACACAACACAAAGAGACUGAUGCGACAGACAUUGCUCUCAGUCCUUGUCUUGAAGAUUGUCCUGUUACCGAUAAAGAUGCUCCUACAUUACAAGGCUGCUUCCAACCAGCAAAGAGCUAUUGUUUAACCAGCACAACUUUUUUUGCCAAAAAAGAGGAUAUUUUUUUGCCAAAAAUAUAAUUGCAUGCUUUUGCAAGAGGUUUAGAUUUUUCACCCAAAAGAUUUAUUAUGGGAAUUUGGCCAUAAAGACUUCCAUAUGUAUCUAAUGCAUCGCUGUGACUCCUGUUUCUUUGUGUCGACCCGGCUGCUGCUUGCCUGCUGAGUCCGUCUGAUGCUUGUUGUAAAGUCUCUCUAAAGUCAGUGAAUUUGGAAACAUUACAUUUCAUGGGUCUGAUAUGUUGCGUGCCUGUCUUGAUGUCUAAGACGGACCUUAGGUAUUAGUGAAAAAAAAGAGAAAUCUAAUCAUUCUUUUAUAUUUUCACCUGCUGCUCUGCUUGUUGUGGUCAAAUCAGUGUUGUCAAAAAGUUUGGUGAAUUAUGUGCAUAAAUUGGUAUUUUCAUCAGGCUUUAUGAUCAUCAAACCAAUCGAUUUGAUUUGCACAGGUGACAGGUCAAGGUUCAACAUAAUGCAGUGAAAUAUUUGUAUGGUAAAAAAAAGUAUGAUUUCGCUAAUAGGUGUGUUACCACACGUUAAUUAUAUACCUUUGAGGGGGAAAAAAACUCCUUUUAUGUGUACACGUACUCAGCCAGUAAAGCUGAGGUUGAAGCUGAUAGGCCAUUCUAAUAUAAUCUUGCAGGGAAAUUAUAUUGAAUGUCAGCUUUUUGGAAUGUGAUGUUUUGAUGACACUUAGGACGGCUUUGUCUGUAUUGAACAUCUGGCUCUGCCUCCUCCACCCAAACCACCCCUGUGAUGUCACGCCGACAGACACAGACAGACUGCAGGUGUCAGUGGAGCAGCGGUUUUCUGUACAGUAUAUCAGUGUGACAUCGCAGCCUCUGGUUUCUGAUAUCUUCGUGUGGAACGGUUAUUAAAUCUCACAAACAGAAAAAUUCAUUCAAGCCAUAGAA